GCAUUUUGGGGCAUUUUGAGGCCAUGCAACAGCUGCUGGCCCUGUGGUGUGCAGCAAGGCAAGGAAACCACCAAGCCUGGUCAGGACAUCCAGGUUUUUAUUUUUCUUAAGAACAAAAUUUACCAGCUGUUGGUCUGGAAGCCCCUGUGUUGUUUGGCAACCAAAAUCAAGUAGGAAAAAAAUCUUUUACAUGCUGUCAAGAAGAGGUCUUUGCAGAUUUCCCUGUAAGGAUUUCAUCCGGGCCAGUUAAAGCACAGACUGUUAGUCAGCAUGUUUAGUCACGAAGCAAACAUUUCUCUCUGUACUCUUGAAGUACAGUUUCCAGAUGGCAGCCCAAAUUGAUCUCCUUACAAACACAGCACGAGCCUCCUAAAGUAAUGAUUCAUAUUUUGCAAAUCAAAUCUGCAUUAUCCAUAAUAAGGGCUUACUUUGUUUCUCUGGAGAAUAAGUUGUCAGUUGUAUGGAUUUAGUAAAGCUAGGAAUGCACCAUUUAUCAAUCAUUUUAACAUAAAUGUCUGUCCCUGUGUCAUUUAGAGAUGAAUAGUAGAAUGUCUCUAUGGAAACAGUAUGGCUAUAGUAUAUCUAAGAGAAAUAAUGUUCCAUAUCAUAAUUGCAAAGGUAGUCUGCAGAAAAAAAGAAUUCUAAAGGCAGUCAAGUGUAUGGGCUGCAUUUUAUUCAGAAAAAAAGUGAUGGGAAAAAUGUUAAUCUUUUCCAUUGAAGUGCCUGCACAUAGAAAGCAAGAGCACACACAUUAAGGAGCCUACUCUGUAGCCACAUCCUUUCAGGUGCCCAGAGAUAAAGAGAAGUCCAGAUGCAGCACCUUGUUACUGGUGGGCAUUGGCACACUCCAUGUGUGUCUGCAAAUUGGCCAGAGACCUCCUGCUAGGAGCAGUGCAGGCCACCAGCUGCUUCAGAUUGUACAGCUUGUCCAGCACCAGCAGAAAACCUCUUCAAAAACAGGUGGAGGUGGAUUUCAAAGUUAAACAAAACAAAACAGAAAAAAAAAAAAAAGGACCAAAAUAAUUGCAAAUAAUUAAUUCAGCUAUUCAUUCACAUUUAAAAAGUAUACCUAGGUCUGUAAGCGACUAGAAAAUACUUCUUUAAUUCUCCUCUUCCAUUCAUUGCUAUUUUCCUAUAUUAGUUUUUAUAUGCUUGUUUUCCUAACCUUAGGAAGGUACAACAUUGACCAUGAAAUAUGGGUAUAUGAAGAAAUUACAUGAAAAGCUGAAUUUAAUGGAUGCAGAUGGCAAUAUCACAGUUAUAAUUUAGAGCAAGGAACAAAUACAAAAUCUGACAGAUAUUACAGGCUAGCUCUAGGGUAUCAAAGUGAAAUCAUGUAGGCCAGAAUUUGGUCAGACAACAACUGCAGUUCUGAAAGUUUGUCUUAAAUAUUUUAUUACCACAGAGGAAGUACUGUUUCAGCUUAGUAGCACCAUUUAGUGUUUUUCUGUAGCUUUGGGUUAGAAUGAUUCCAGAGAGAAGAAUAGUACCACCUGAACAAAACCCAUUUUCUUUGUUUCUUGUGAAACACAAUGAAUUUUUUUUUUUCCCAGACAACUCCAUACUCAUUUCAGCUUUCCUUGUUUUAUGGUAUCUGCUAGGGCACUGGAGCUGUACACCUCAGGGGCUGAAACAAACAAAAAAAAAUCGCUUGAUAUUUUGCCUUUUAAGAAUCCAAAAUUAAAGGCAAACAUCUUUUAAACUAACAAGAUACUGUAUUCUAUCUCGUUGGUUUUCUACCACCAUCCAUUCCAAAGAACAUACCAGUACCUGAGUUCUCUCUUCUGAACAUGAGAAAUAAAGGAAAUACAGUUGCUAUUAUUACCUUUAGAAAGCCUCAAAAAACCCCAGCAGUCAACCCUGUACAUCAAAAUGUAUACCACAUUUUGACUUCAAGGCUACAAAUGAAAUGAGAAGUGAAGAAUGACUCUCCAUAUCCUUUUGUAAUUUCCUCCAGAUAGUAUUUAAAGAGUAGCUGUAGAAAGAUUGCUUAAAUUACAGAGAAUUUCAGAGAAUUGUUAUAGCAGAGAAGCAUUGUUAGUAACUGGGAUGUACAGUGCUUUGGUGCUGCUUGGUUCUAAUAGAGAGGUGGUGUGUUACUUGCAGGAACUGGAUAUUUGAAAACAACUGUUGCAGUGUGAUGCAUUUCCAACUCAAGCAACUUGUCUGGAGCUUUUGGAAUAAAUUCUCUUUGUUUGGGAUAUGUCCCACCAGUCAAAUUUGAACUAAAAAAAGAAAGAGGGAACUGAAGUGGAUGAAGAAAUUUCUUACAAUCCCAAUUCCUCCAAAAACUCAGAUUUGGAAAAAAAAAGAUGUCAGGAAGGCUGUUUUAUUGCUAAUGGGCACAAAUACUGAAAUUUUAACCUGACAGUACAUAUUUAAACAAAAAGUAAGGAUAAGUGAUGGCUUGUGGGAAAAAAAUACACUCACAGAGUUUUAUAAAUUCAUAUUGGACCAAUAGAAAGCAUAAACUAACUUAACUGUCUGUUCUCCUUUAGUAGUAACUGUAGAGAAUAUCUCCAUUCCUUGAAUUACAGUGAACAUAUACAUUUUAUUAUUUUGUACUUAGACUAGAAAAGGAGUCACAUGUCAGAGGUUUGCCCUGUCUGCCCCAACUUUUCCAGCUGUACAGGGACUAUGCUAUGCCUCGCUCCAGAAAGCGCAAACAGGAGACACUCCUGAGCUGUUUAAUAGCAGAUUAAUAACAUUUUUAAAGUGUUUUUUCACUUCUUGUCACAACAAUAUGUGAUUCUCAAAAGUUCUAAAAUCCAGAGAGUGGGCGGUAUUUCAAACUCAAAAAACCCCCAAAAAACUAAAUGCAGUAAUGGGGAUUUCUUUAGUACAUUUGCAUGCAGUGCACUAGAGGGCUCUCAGGAGUUAGAAAUAGAUGGAAUGCAUUUUUGAAAGGCACGUACUUCACAGGACUUUUCAUUGCAGAAUUUAAAAUAGAAGUUGCUGUGGUUUUGUGUGUGGGAUUGUUUGGUUUGGGUUUUUUUUUAAUGAUAUGAGGUUCAUGUAAGUUUAUAGCAGUUCGUAUGCAACUACCUCUCAGUAAAGUUAGCUUCUGAACAGUUCUUAGCUUGCAAUGAAAUACCUAAAUGUGAACCAUACUUAAAAGUGAAAUAUGUUCUAGAUGCCAGCUUUUACUCAGUUUCUUUUAUUAACCUAAGGAGUUUACCAGAACAAAGGAUGUGUCAAGCUGAAUAGUUUGCAGAGAAGAUACAUAGAUCUUUUAGACUACCAGUCAGUAAACUUUGCUUACGCAGCUGGCUCCAUUCAUUCUCUGAAGCCAAUCAUUUCCUCUGUGGUGGCUGAUAAGAAUUUAACAGUUUGAGAAGGUGGAGUAUCAGCAUCCUUAGUGCUGACCACUUUCCUAGACAUACCAGUAGCCUCUGUCCAUCACCCAUGCUGGAAGCUACUUGGAAAAGGAGAAAUAGAAAUUGGGGAAGGGAAAUAAUGAAUCAUCAUCCUGGCUGGAAUGUACAGAAGACUUUAUGCUGUUUUCAUCAUGUGGAUUCACUAGAGAAAUGAUCCCUUUUGAUCAGCCAAGUAAAAUCAAAAACUUGUUUAUUUGCUGCCUGUGGCCCUCGCGGCUGCUGAGGCUCUGGACUUGCAGGCGCCCGAGGACAAGGAGGAAUCUGCUAGUGGGCACUGCCUGUGUGAUCUACCUGGGAUUCCUUGUCAGCCAAGUGGGUCAUGUUUUACCACAGCACAAAGGAGGACAUGGAAAGAUCAGUUCCAGGAGUCUCCAAGAUGCAGCUCAAACUCCUUUUCUGGGCAUCCCACUGGAUGGCACCCUGUCACCACCCAAUUUCCAGGAACCCCAGCUUGGUAGCAAUGGGACCUUGCUGCCACCCAAUGUAGUUUACAUCACCCUGCGGUCCAAGCGCAGCAAGCCUGCCAACAUCAGAGGCACAGUGAAGCCAAAGCGCAGGAAGAAAAAUGCAAUCCCUUUGUCCUAUGGGCAGCACUUUCCAAAAGCCACUUUUAUGGGCUGGGAAGAGGCCUUUGCCCAACAGCCAGGACGGGCCACACGUGCCGCAGGCACAAAGGGAGCAGCGAUCGCUCUGGAGGCAAGAAAGUACCAACUGGAUGAACAUGGGCAUAAAGGAAUGGCUAUCAGGGGGAGAGAUCACCAGGGACCUGGGAGGAUUUCUGGAGCUGUAAAGGCACAGCUCCAGCCUGAGGAAAGCAAUAUCAGGAUUUAUAGCGAGAGCCCUCCCUCAUGGAUGAGCAAAGAUGACAUCCUAAACAUGCGCAUGCUGGCAGACUCUCCCAUAGAGAGCAUUCAAGAAGGUCCUUCACACAAAGCAGUCCUGGCAGUAUUUGCAAGAGGUCCCAGCACUACGGGAGCUGCUUGUAAUCAGGGACACUGUGGAAUUGUCAAAAGACCUCUCGACAUGAGUGAGGUGUUUGCCUUUCAUUUGGACAGGAUCUUGGGGCUAAACAGGAGCUUACCUUCUGUAAGCAGGAGAUCAGAGUUCUUCCAAGGUGGUCAGGCCUGUCCUGUUAUUCUCUGGGAUUCCUCACUGAGUCCAACAGACAAUAGCACCCAUUCUUCAGUAAGGUUAACAUGGGGAAAAUAUCAGCAGCUAUUGAAGAAGAAAUGCUGGCAGAAUGGUAAAGUUCCCAAAGCUGAGUGGGGCUGUACUGAAAUUCAUCAUCAUGAAUGGUCCAAGAUGGCACUCUUUGAUUUUCUAUUGCAGAUCUAUAAUCGACUAGACAGAAAUUGUUGUGGAUUCAAACCUCUCAAGGAGGAUUCCUGCAUGCAGCAAGGACUGAAGCUGAAAUGCAAUGAUCAGGAUGCUGUUGACCUGACACACAUCGUUCAGAGAAGGCAUGACCAAAGGCACUUGGUCUUUAUAGACAAUAAGGGUUUCUUUGACAGAAAUGAGGACAAUCUUGACUUCAAAAUACUACAAGGAAUCAAUGAAUUCCCUGCAUCUGCAGUUUCAGUGCUGAGGAGCCAGCGUUUACGUGAGAAGUUGCUCCAGUCUUUGUUCCUUGACAAAAUAUACUGGGAGAGCCAAGGAGGCAGAAAAGGAAUUGAAAAGCUUAUUGAUGUAAUAGAAAGGAGGUCCAAAAUUCUUCUUACUUAUAUAAAUGCACAUGGAGCCAAAGUAUUGCCCAUGAAUGAAUGAAACAGCCUUUUUCCGUCUGAAAGAAAGUCUUUAAAAAAAUGUUUUAUGGGGCAGAAACUGACAAUAACAUUGGUUUAAUUCAUAGCAUUAUUUUUUCCUCAAACUUUCAAGUUUACUUUUAAAUAAGAAAUCUUACAUGGUUUAAAAGCAACAUUUAAGUGUCAGCUGCAGCUCAACACAGUGUAGUCUCUUCUAUGUCCCCAGUGAAAUGAAAAAUAACCCAAUGAUAAUAUGCAGUAAAAUGUAGGUAGCAUGAACAUUCUUUCUAUUGAAAUGGUUGGAAAUUAGCGACAUGAUUUUCAGUACAUUAGGCUGGAUUGCUCUUACUUCCCUCAUUGAAGUCAGUAGAUUUUAUUGCAAGUUUAAAUGGGAAAAAAGAUGUGUAAGCACUUGAUACAUUGAUGACACUAGCUGAAAUAUAUAUAGUACAGGAAUUUGUUCUUCUAUUAGGUAUUCUAAAAUGCCAACAUUUGUGAGGGCAUCUUUUACUUUAUUUUAUUUUGAUCUUUUGAAAUAUGAGAACUAAAUUCAACUCUUUUAGAUGCCAGGAGUGUUUGCACUGGACAUGAGGGAAUUUUAAAAACAGAGUGAGGAGAACAUGGCUUUAGCAUUAAUAAUUAUUUUGACAAAUAAAGUUUUACUUAUCCAGUAUGGAGUACAAUUCAUGAUGAGUCACUCAUUGUGAUGUAUUUUUCUCAAUGCAAUUUGUUCUGAUGUGGGGGUGGAUGAUCUGAUAUUUUCUGUUUAAUGAUUAACUGUGUAUUAAAAAAGAAGAGCUUUAUCUUUGUGUGAAUAUGUUGUUAAAUAAGUAGAUGUUCUGUUUUUGCAAAACUCUUGACAGUAUUUUUUGAGGAUAUUAUCAAAAUCAGAACUCCUAACAAGACUGUUGUAAAACCCAGUAAAGGAAAUGUUUAUUCUGUGCGCUCAGCUCUAGCCAGCAAUUCAAGCUUGGGUAUCCAUUAAGACUGACCACUGUGGGGUGAUCAUCGUAACUGAGAACUUGCCCCAAGUGUUCCCACAAGUGUGGUUGUUAGGGAAGGUUGGAUAAGCACUUCAGAUUUUUACCCUUGAAAUGCUACAGAAAGUAAAUAGCAAUUGACACAGCCUAUCAUCACAUCCACCUUCUAUCUGACUAUUUAGAAAAAACUCUUACCAUCUUUCUAGAGAAAUAUCAUCUUUUUUGCCAUAAGUUAAUGGUAGAAAUUUUAUACUUUCAUAGCUACUCUUGUCUUUAUGUGUCAUAAAAAUAUAUAGGGUGUGAAAGAAUUUUGAAAGUGCUUGUGUAAUGUUAUUAACGACAAACUAAAAUGUCUCAUGUCACAGUUAAUGUGGAUGGGUGAAUUUAAUGUUUUAAAUAACUACAAUUCCACUGCAGCUAAAAUCAGUUUUCUUUCUUAGUAUCAGAAAACCCAUUAACAACAAAUGCAUUACUAGAAGAAAUAGAUCUCAUUAUAGGCAGAGUUAAAAAAACGUAGUAAAUUUUUAAGACCUUAGUCAGCUAAAUAAUAUUUUAUUUUCUCAGUAAAGGACAGAUAAAUUUGUUAAAACUUCGUAGAACUUAACUAUUGCCUCAAGAGGGUGUGGUUUAGAGUGCCUUGGACUUUUUAAUACCAAGGUAGAAUUUUACAGGAUUUUCAAUUUAUCCCUUUCUUUAAAGUGUUGUAACUUAUUAGCCAGAUAAUUUUCAUCACAGGAACAAAAAUAUUACUUUGGAGUGCACUUUGAGCAGAGUCUAGAGAAAGAAAUAAUCAUCUGGAUACAUUUCACAUGGAAUUCCUGUUGCAGUGGAUUUCACUCUGUGAUGGCCAUCACAAUCAUUUUGUCUCAUUUUCUAGCCUUACAGGAUUCCUCCUGCUAGAUACCUGUUCUAGCAAACAAAUUUAUUAUCCCUCACUGCUGGGAGUGAGAGAAAGGCACAACUCUCAGCUGCACUGAGCUUAGGAGAGGGCCCAGGAGAGUUGUGGAUAUAGCUGAUUAUGACAAGGUCUCACGAGAACUCUGUCUUCUAUCUUGAGACUGCGCAUCCUGAUGCCAAGUCUUUGCCCAACUGUAAUUUUUUUCCAGAAUUGGCUCAUUGCUGAAGAAGACAAGGAAAUCCAUUAUCUUUCCAGGCUGGAUAAUUUCUUUUUUAUGGUCAUAACUUGAUGCAUUCUUCUCCAUUUCCUCUGGACAUGGACUAGUGUUUCCUUGAGCAUGAUACUUGCUUUUUUAUUUGCCUGGCAGUUCAGUGCCAGCUCUUAAAGCAGCAAUAUAGCCCUGAAGCUGACCUGAACCAAUGCCUUUCAGUAGUCCUGGAUUCAAGAGAACUGAGUAGUUGCAAUGCUGUGUGUUACUUAAAAAAAUAACCAAGCAUGAGAAAUGUAACUGUAAAAAGCAAAAUUUCUGGAGACUUUCCAAGGGCAAAGAAAUAUUCCCUAUGCUGUGUUAGCAUGCCAUAUUUUAUGUACGAACACUCUUGUAGUCUUCAGGUAGGCCAGGAGACUCUGUGUGAGAUUGGAUAGUCAGACAGGAUUGCAGAUUGCUUCUAGUUCUCUCGCGUUGGUAACAAACUCCAGAAAGUGCUUUUUAUCUUGCUGCUGUGGAACUUGGUACAUAAUCCAAUAUUGUUAAUAAUGCAAAACAUGAUUGCAAUAGCUCUUAGGAAUGCAUACUAGCCAAGUUCUAGCAUUUUUUAAAAUGAAAAUGAAGAAUUCUGUAUUUUUGAGUGCAUUUGCAUACAUGCUACAGUAAAAAAUACAAAAGGAGUACUUUAAGUUUGUUUAUUCUCUGCUACUAUAUUUAAGAUACCUGCUUCAGUAACAGAGGUAAAGUUUAUUGGGAAAUUGGUUCACAUCCUUUGGAAGUAGCAUGACUUUGGAGUGACAGGAGCUGCACUGUAGCUAAAGUAAUACUAACUGAGAGGAAAAAUCCAGAAGAAGCCUUAUUCAGCCUAUGGUGAUUGAUAGGAAGCCAGGAAACUGUGCUUUAGUCCUCUUUGCUGGGCUCUCUUCCAUUUCUGGGCAUAUGGGAUCAGACAAGGAUUCGUGUUGCACAUUACGUGGAAGGGUGUAACCAACAGCAGCAGUGCAAAACCUGUGGGUGGGAAAAGGCGAUUAUGUCAUUCUUGAAUCUGCCUGAAAGCCAGAACCACAUGAAGUGGAAUUACUAAGAAACUCAAAAGAGUUUGCUCUCAAAAGAGUUUGAGAUUUCGUAACACUGGAAGACAGAGCUUAAAAUAAGUAGCAGACACAGAUGCCUUAAAAUUCCUUGGGAGCCUGCCAGCAAGUCAAUAGUCUUAAAUGUUUCAGAAGCUGAGGACAUGAAAACUGUGGAGCACUGUGAGAGCAGUUUCCUUCUUUUCAUAUGUGGAUAUUCUAUAAAACACCAUAUUAAAAUAAAUAAAUAAAAAUUAAUUCAGUGGUUUCAAACUUACAAAUGCACAUUCAGGGUACAUUAAGGGACAAGGUUCCAGCAGCAAACCUGGGAACGCUUUCAUGCAUAUGUGUCUACACAGACACAAAAAUAUGUGUACAUGUAUUUAUAGUUUGGCUUGUUUCUAUAAAAUGGUCAAUUUGGCUAAUAAAGAGUGAGCUGUUUAUAUAAUUUACUGUUUACAUGAGGAAUUGUAUUUGUGAGCCUAAGUCCAAUUUUGGGUACAUACAAGUUGAAGUUUAAACAAAAUAAUAGAUGAAACUUUUGUCCUCAAAGGAUUAACUCUUCUUUUGCUAACACAUUUAUAUAAUCUCAAAAGUUUUUUACUGACAGUUGUAGAGUAAAACAGCAGUAUGUAUCUGUGCCAAACCUCCAGAGUGAUAUCAAUUCAGAUUUUAAAAAAAAGUUUUAUACUAGAUAUUGAUUUUCCAUUUUAUUUUGGAAUUUGUGAAUUUUUAAAGUCUAUUUGUCCUGUAAUUACUAACAGUAAUAGUGUUUUCACAAGUAAUGACUCAUUUGAAUCUCUGCUGCUAUUGUCAUGUAAUAUGUAGGAAUAUCCAAAAUAAAGAAAUAUCUUUAUCAG